UGAGCCUUCGCCCGGAGAAGGUCCCCGCUAGGCACUCGAUCUGUUGGUUCUCCACCGGUCUCUGCUCCGGAGUGUGUGUUUGUGUGCGUGCGUGCGUGCGUGGUGGGAUCGAUCUCCCUUUUUUGCGACCAUUGUUUGAGUGUUUACAGUGCUCAAACGAAAAACCAUUAUCGGAAACAUGUUCUGAAGUAACACAACUUGCCGCGCGCGUGUGUCUGUGUUUAGUGUGCACUCCGUAAGUGUCUCCGUUCCAGCACAGCGUCCACGUCUGCACUACUACUCGGAGUGUUCGAGGGCUGCUACUGCUACAAGUGCGGCCAUUACGUAACGUGAUCGCGCCGUUGGUGUUCGCCAUUCGAAAGGUUCGUCGGCUACGUGCGCAUUAAAAUCGAUUGAUCGAAAUCGACACGCGCUGCAGUUUGCUGGCUCGGUUCUCAGCGCUGGUCGUGUCUGCGUGUGUUCCAGCGCCGGAAAGUGUCUCACGCCGUUGCCGUGCGUGUCUUACGAAUUUUUUUAGCAGCCCACGACUACACCACGCCGAACCGAUGCUGCCGUCGUCGCGCGCAAACAUGAGGCUGCUCUGCUACUUACUGGUCACACUGGUGACACUGGUGGCGGUGACCAACUGUGAAGCGAAAGCAACCCACAAGGUGACGUGCGCCGAUGACACGAUGCGAGUGGACGUCGCCCUACCGACGAGUAACUUUUCGCAAGAAUUCGUGUACCUCGAUGGCAUGAAGGGCUACCCGGAUCCCAAGUGCCGGCCAGCGAUACGCGAAAACCUGGCCGUGUUCGAGCUGUCCCUGACCAACAUCUACGACUGCGGGGUGACGCGUGUGAUCAACCAAAUUACGGGCAAAAAAGUGUUCUACCAUCGGAUCAUCGUCGAAGGCGAACAGGAGGAGUCGGGCAAGGAGAUCGUGAGCGUGAAGUGCAUCACGGCCGGGCCGAGCUACAACGUGACGCACGGUAUCGUCAAACGAGACGUGCUCCCGCCUGGCUUCCAGGAACCGGAGGACCUCGAAAUAACGACCUCCAUCACGGAGAACGCUCCGGAACCGUCGCUCGGAAUCGCCAUCCGGCAGGGCGACAAACUGGUGUCUGGCGAUCUGAACGUCAGCCCCGGAGCGCACCUGCAGAUGGAGAUCUUCCUCGACAAUCGUUCGGCACCGAUCUAUGGUCUCGGGGUGAACUACAUGCUCGUGACGGACACCAAGUACCAGGAGGAGACGAUCAUCUUCAACGGCUGCUCGGUGGAUCCGUAUCUGUUCGAAAACUUCAACACCGUCGACGGUGACCUGCUGGCGGCCAAGUUCCGUGCGUUCAAGUUUCCCGAAUCGACAUACGUCCAGUUCCGCGGAACGGUCAACGUGUGCGUGGACCGCUGCAAGGGUGUGAUCUGCAGCAACGGCCAGACCGCCUUCGGGCGCCGCAAGCGCGAAGUGAGCCAAGCACCGGCCGAUCCGAACAAGAUCUACGAAGUGACGAUGACCACCUUCAUCAAAGUGAACUACGACGAGAACGCUGACCAAAAGACCGUGUCGGAGAUCGAUCAGAAGAUUCGCCAGCUGAAGCUCACUAACCAGAAGCUGGCCCGGAACAGCCGUGCCGGUAACGUGUUCGAAAGUAUUCACGUUCCGCCACGUGCGCCAGAUGCGGAACAACCGGCGGUCAUGUCAUCACCCGCUCCGGCACCGCCAGUGGCCGACAACGAGAACGCCAAGGUCGAGGAAACGAUCCUGUUCCGGGAAGUGAUCACCCGACAGGAGGCAGCGUUCGACGACGCUACCACCGAUGGAGUCAGCGAAGCCAACCGUCGGAUCCAGCAUCCGGUAGCUCUCGCGGUCGUACUACUAGCUCUCGGAGCUGCGCUAUCUUCUUUGCGCCAUUGAAAUGCCACGAUCAUCACGAUUUCUGCAACACCACGAUCAUCGCGAUCACAGACAUGGCGAACUAACAGAAUCGAAACACGCGCAAUGCAGUGUGGCACUUGCGUACGUUGCAUCCCAGCGCAAUUUCGGAGCAGAGAGCCACGAACACAAGCAAUGUAAAUAGACUAAACUAAUCGGCACGACAAGCUUCUACGGGCGGACAGCAGCUUUUAGUUUUAGCAGGCAGCUUUUAGAUUUAUAGGCUACACAGUUGACAGUUGGCCAGCUAUCGUUCGCUAACCCUCCCCCCCGGAGUGGGAGAGAUAGAGAGAGAGUACGACAAAUUAGUGACUAAUACAUGUGGCGAACGUUGGCGUUGUUUGAAAAACGAGGAGGUGGCGUUCGGCGGUGCACAUGUAAUAAUUUAUCACCACCCACUGACGAGAAUGCAUUUUCACCGAUCAUCGAUUCGAAAUCGUUUCAAACCCAAUGUGCCCCGACGAGUGGGGGACACGGAGACCGGUGCAAACGGUGCAACCGGAAACGCGCGUGGCUUAACUUUUAAAUUGUAACAACGCAACGCACUUGCGCAGCACUAGGGUAGGGAGCUGAUCGGUGGCAAAGGGCUGUACGAUCGCAAGCAGUGCCCCUUUGGCACCGAGUACGAUAAGAGUAUGCUAGUCUAAUUACGGUUUAACUGAGCGGAGCAAAGAACUGAUACUAGAGAGAGAAUGAGAGAGAGCGACGUGCGUAACACGUUCAGGCGAGGCUUCCCGCGCGCCCGGGGAGAUCUAAGCGACCAGGGGCUGGGGCUUAGUACCAGGCAAAACAUCAGCGAUCGGUGCGUAAGAUUUGAACUGGAGCACGGUAUCACACGGUAGAAAAUUAUUGCUUUCCACUACUAAUCUUACCGCCAGUGGCGAAAACGCGGUCAAACGGCGAGAGUAGCGCGCGGUGGCGCUGAAACGUGCCUAGACGCGACCGCGCUAACUUAACGACUAACGGAAACAGAAAUGUGAAAAAAUUUGGUGAACACAAGCGAACUAGACAAUAAAUCUAACAGUAAACACUAAACAUACGGGAAGCCCUAUUCAAGCUUUCAACCGCAGCGAUGGGAUGAAAGAAAUCGGAUUUAUUGAUCGGCCGGCGUGAAAAGGUGCACGUGUUUUGAAUAUCUAACUCUAACUCUUAAACUCCACCAUCUUAAAAUACAUCGUUACACAUUCGUACAUUUAUUCAUAUCGAAACAUUAUGUUAGAUAAAGGUAAACAUACAGGUAGUCAAACCGUUUCAAACAUUUCUCGUUCUCCUCUCCGGCAUACGCAGUUUGCUUCCGUUUCCUUCCGAAACAGCAUCAUGGCGGAUUCGGUUCCCUCUCGUAUUUGCGGACCCCUUAAUUCCUAUUUCGCUUGUUUUCAACCUAUGGGCUAGGGUGUCGAAUUAAAAAACAUAACUUGUAAUGCUGGUUAUUUACUUCACUAGUUCGAAACAUACAAAAACGGUGUUGCUCGUAGUUACUGAAACCACAAUGCCGUUCAAGGGUUCUGAGAUAGUAAAAUGGGGGUAUCCAUAGCACGUACAAAAGUAACUGUGAGGGCAGCAGGAGGUCAAAGCAACGGCAACAACCAGUCAACUCACUAUCACCGUCCUGUGUUUCUCUCGGUCUCUCUAUCUCUCUCCCUCUCUCUCUCUCUGUUUAAUGUGAUUUUAUCAAAGCUGUUGACUAAAUUACAGUAUGCCACGGUCUCGUGUUACCACGUGUUCACUUCGGGUUGCUUCGGUUGCUGUGCAGAUUUGAGAGUUCUUACUCCGGAGGGGCUCUUAGGAGUAACCCACAAAA